AUGGAUGAAAUUAGCUACCCGCCGUCAGAGGAUACCUAUCUUUUGAUCGACGGCUGUCGGAGCUGGUUUCAGGAGCACGGAAUCCGAGCAGCACACCCGAGAACGCGACCUGUGCUCGUCCUCGAAGUCGGGUGUGCGGCUGCUUUCGUCUUGGAAGCGCUAGCGACUGAUGUUGCUUGGCUGGACGGUCCUCAGGCGUCUUCGCACGCUGAAAACUGCGGGCUCUUGCCACUGCUUCCGUUUUUCAUCGGCAGCGACGUCAACCUGGCGGCACUGUACCAGGCCCAGCGGCGACUCGCUGCGACCCUUCCCAUUGAUCUCGUCUGCGGCAGCCUUAUGACUGCAUUGCGAGCAGAUGUUUUCGAUUUGGUGCUUUUUAAUUCUCCAUACGUGGAGACCAGCGCAGAUGAGCUCGCAGAAGCCCAACGGUGUCGGGACCUGCGUGCAGCCUGGGCUGGUGGUUGGCUUGGUCUUCAAGUGGCUGCAGCGCUCAUUCGUCAGUUUAUGGUAACGCCAACAGCGGCACUGACAUCCGAGCAUCAUGCGUCUGCAUGGCUGCUUCUUGUGACGCAAGACCGUACCUGGUGGCAUCGAGCGUUUAGCAAUCAGUUUGCGUUUUUCGUAAAGCAACGACGUGCCGGGGACGAGCGCUUGCUCGUGCUGGCGUUAUCGCGCUCGCAGGCGAGUCUCUGGUACAAGUGGAUCUGGCAGGAGUUACGCGCUGUUGACGACAGCGAUCGGAUGAGUGCGCUAGUUGACAUGGAGUAG